AUGAACGUUAUGAGAGGCCAAAUAAAAAUUAGUCCGAAUAAUAUGGCAGCACGCGUGAACUUGCUAACGGAGAUUGAAUCUGGCGGGUUUACCAGAGUUAUUGCACCAAAACCAAAAGCAGACAGGCAACCUGCUACCAAGAUUGUGCUCAAAAACGAAACUUACGGAGAAUCCACCGACGCUAUAGCUGAUGAGAUAGCAGAUUGCAUCGGUAUCAAACCAAAAGCAAUCAAACCACUUGGAAGAGCAGGGAAAAUACAUCUCCUCCUUUUUGAUGGUACACACAAAUCGAGAGAUAUCAUGGAGAAUUUUAAACGCUCAGAAAGAAAAUUCUUUUGUGCCCCCUCCAUCAAGGUUGAACCAUUUAGAGAAAAUCCGAAGCACAUUAUACAGUGUAAGAAGUGCUAUGCUUUUGAUCACUCGAAACAAUCAUGCUACGGCAAACAAGAGGAACCACAGAUCAUUAUUACUACUCCGGAGGGCACUACAACGAAAGUCUGCAGAAAUUGUAAAGAAGAAGACCACGGAGCGAACAACGCAAGCUGCCCUGUAUUCAAAAAAAUUAUAGCCAGGCAAAUUGAACAAGCAGAGGCUAAACAAACAAAGAAAGAGGAGAGAAUUAAACGCUCAGUGGUACGUGAGCGUGAAAACAAGAUGGCGGCCGUAGUUUAA